AACCUGACGGUCGCGCUGACUCCGCACGGUGUUGAGAGCGUUGAGACAUCGAGUCGGUUUUGAUUUUCGCCGAUUCACGUCGCGGUCGCGUAAACAAAUUUUUCGUUAUUUUGACUAAGAACACGUUGCUACUCGUGCAUUUUGCCGCGAGAGAUGAGUUCCAUCGGUACAGGAUACGAUCUGUCCGCCUCGCAAUUUUCGCCGGACGGACGUGUGUUUCAAGUGGAAUACGCUCAUAAAGCGGUGGAGAAUGGAGGAACAGUGAUUGGCUUGCGAGGAAAGAAUGGCGUGGUAUUUGCCGUCGAGAAGAUAGUGACAUCAAAGCUGUACGAGGCAGGCGCCAACAAACGGAUAUUCAAUAUAGACCAGCACGUUGGCAUGGCGGUGUCCGGCAUAAUAUCGGACGCGCGACAGAUCGCAGAGACCGCGCGGUCGGAAGCGGCUAGUUACAAGUCACAGUACGGCGUUGGUAUCCCGCUCAAGUAUCUGAACGAGAGAGUCUCCAUGUACAUGCACGCGUAUACUCUGUAUUCCGCUGUACGUCCGUACGGCUGCUCCGUCUUGCUGGGUUCUUACGACACCGAUGGACCAGCAUUGUACAUGAUUGACCCCUCAGGAGUAUCAUAUGGCUAUUACGGCUGUGCAGUAGGUAAAGCGAAACAGUCAGCGAAGACCGAGAUCGAGAAGCUGAAGCUGCCGGAGAUGACGUGCAAAGAGCUGGUGAAGGAGGCAGCUCGUAUCAUUUACCUCGUUCACGACGAGCUGAAGGAUAAGCAGUUCGAGCUGGAGAUGAGCUGGGUAGGCGAGCACACCAAUGGCAGGCAUGAGCGCGUACCGACCGACCUGAAGACCGAAGCCGAGUUGAAGGCGCGGCAGGCGAUGGCCGAGGAUUCUGACAGCGACACCGAGGACAUGUAAAACUACACGCGUGUACAAAUUACUGCCGUUAAAAAUGCUUUGUAUUGUAUAAGCGAUAAAAUAACUUAAAUUCACGCAGAUAUGCACUUGCGGUUCAAGAUUUUAAUAACAAGCGCAGCGAAUAAAGAGUAUUGCCUCUUGUUUGUAAAAAAAGCACACAUCCGAGCAGCAUUGUUCUCUACCCUCGAUUUUUCUUUAUCUGUCGUCGCACUUCGCACUUAUAACUCGUUAAAGUCUUUCGACAUAAAUCUCGUUCGCCACCUGCAAUGCUCACUGCAGUGAGUUGCGAGAGAAAUGAUUUCUUUCUGCGCGAAAUCGUUCAUUUUCUGUUAGAAUCUAAUUAGAUACUCGUGAGAAAUAUUUAAAUGACUUUAAGGACGAAGAGUGGGGAGGAAGCGACGUUUAUUCGCAAAAUCGAUUGGACUCGUAGAAAAAUCAAAGUACACGUAUCCAUGUAUCCGGGAAACGACAAUUAUUUUGUAAAAUGAUAAGUAGUAUAUAAAAUGUUACUCCGAGGA